AUGGAGUCUGUCGAAAGUCAUACGGUGUGGACACCGGACCCGCUUUACCAGGUCAAGCUCUUGUCUGCGCUGCGAAGUGGAGACCCAGCGCGUAUACAUACGUUCCUGUCUGCACUGAACAAGGACAGCCGGAGAUCUGUAGAGGGAGACAAUGACUUGGGCGCGACUGCCCUUCAUCUUGCCAUACGUUGCGCGUCGACCGAUACUGUCGCGCUUCUCCUGGCUCACCGUGCGAUCUCUCCUAACUCGGUCCACCCACCUGGCUCUGGGACGACUGCUCUUCAUCUCGCAGCAUCAAUAGCACGCGUUGAAGUUGUCAAUCUGCUGCUUGACCAGGAAGGAUUGACGACACACUCAGAGACAGUGAGGGGAGGUCGUGCCUUGAUGUUGCGAAGGGGAAGGAGACUACGCGGGCAAUUCAAGGACUUGAUUAAGCUUCUUUCGUCGCCACGAAUCCGCCAUGUGGACCUAUCGUAUCUGGACGAGUCAUCUGGGCGGACACUUCUGCACGAGGCUGUCAGACGGAAGGACCUUCGCUUAGUUGAACUCGCUGUCCGUGCGGGUGCGGACGUCUUCGCGCGAGAUCGACACGGCAAAGCUGUAUAUGACAGCGCCGGCAAGGAUGACCGUGUCAAGGCCUUCUUGAGACAAUUUACAAACCAAGACCCAUCGCUUCUGAAACCAGCCUCAGACGCGGAACCGCCGGAGCUGAAGGGGUAUCUGAACAAGUAUACAAACGUGGCGAAAGGCUACAACACCCGUUGGUUCGUACUUAAGGAGGGGGUCCUACUACCGACACCAGGAAGACGAGGCCGUCGCGAGUCGGGCUCCAUUGCGAUGAAGACCGCCGUAUUGCAUAUAUCCCAGGGCAACUCAGGACUCCGUUUUGAGGUACAUUCCACAGGUACUCGCAGCAACGCACAGAAGUGGUACCUGAAGGCAAACCACCGUGUGGAAGCCGCGCGCUGGACGCAAGCACUGCAGAAAGCUACCGAAUACGCCCGCCGGGAGGGCAAUGGUGAACGUAAGAGCGGCGAGAGCGAUGUGCCCAGCUUGCCCAGCUUCUCCGGGGCCGCCUCCAUCCGAGGGACGAUGGCCAGCACGCAUGUCUCACGCAUCAAGCUUGCCGACAAUGUUCACCAUUCUGGUGCGAGCUCAACCGUGGGCGGCGAGACGGAGUCAGGCGACGAGGGCCCUUCGAAGCACGAGAAGAGCCUGAAGGAGUCUAGCGACGAGCGGGAUGAGGAACACGAAUCGGUCGCCGAGUCAGAGGGCAAGGUCCCUCCGCACAACAAUUCAUUCGAGCUACAAGGCAGUACACUCGUGGCCCAAGUGGAGCUCGCGUCCGACCUUGUCUCGAAGAUACCCGUCCCCGACCCGUCUCCCAGAACUGCGGAGCUGAGGAAGGCCGUGGAGGACACGCUGCAGUCCGUGCAUGGCAUGCUGGUCGAGUACGUGCAGAUGGUCAAGGACCGCGAGGACUGGUGGAAGGCGAAGGCCGAGCGCGAGCGCGAGCGGCAAAAUCUCUGGGAAGAAAGCUUGCAGCUCGUGGUGCAGGACUCGCAGACGCUGGAGGGCGAGCUCCGCAAGCAGUCGCGCCGGCGCAGCCGAAUGGCUGAGUCGAGUUACAUGUCCGCGAUGACGCACAUGGAGAGCGAGGGUACGAUCAAGGCCCGGUCGCCUUUGGUUGCUUCUCCAUUGUCUGAGUCUGCUAGCUCCUUCGGUGGGCACCCGCCUUCGUCGCCGCCGCCAACACCUGGACUCGGCGUGGGGAUGGUUCGCCGCCCGGUUUCUCGACAACCAUCUGCGACGUCACCUAUACAAUCCAUGAUGGCUGCGUCAGCGUCUCGAACGUUUUCAGCGACUGGAGCACCGCCUACUGCGGAUGACGACGGCAUGGUCGACACAGACGAGGAGGAUGAGUUCUUCGAUGCCAUCGAUGCCAACAAUCUCCCGAACCUCGUCGUCAAGCCUGUAGUAUCUGACCACUUGUGGAUCACUGUUCACAGGGACCAGUAUCUUGGUUACCUCAAGCUUCGUGAACGGCUCGCCAUUGACACAGACAACCGGCCACCCAUGAGCCUAUGGGCAGUACUGAAGAAUAGUAUUGGCAAGGACUUGACAAAGAUCUCCUUCCCUGUGUUCUUCAAUGAGCCGACAAGCAUGUUGCAACGUAUGGCCGAAGACAUGGAGUUCUCCGAUUGUCUGGACUCUGCGUACGCCGAGACAGAUCCUCACCGGCGUAUUGCAUAUGUAGCUGCUUUUGCGAUGUCCAACUACUCCUCGACGAUCGGCCGUAUAGCCAAACCUUUCAAUCCAAUGCUGAGCGAGACCUUCGAAUAUGUUUCACUAGACAAGGAUUAUCGCUACGUGUCGGAACAAGUCAGUCACCACCCCCCAAUGUCAGCCUGUUGGGCGGAGUCUCCGCAUUGGCGCUACUACGGCGAGGUUGACGCUCAAAACAAAUUCAUGGGAAAGUCAUUUGAGAUCCAUCCGACAGGCGUGGCGCACGCAGAGCUUUUGCUUCCCAAGGAGCGGGCACCCGACUACCCAGCAGCUAAAGGGCCACACGUUGAAGGGCGAGUAAUUGAACAUUACAGCUGGAAGAAGGUCACCACCAAUGUCUCCGGCUUCAUCUUGGGCUCGCCUACCAUAGAUCACUACGGCGACAUGGUGAUUACGAACCACCGCACUGGUGACAAGUGUGUGCUCACCUUCAAACCCCGUGGUUGGCGAGGGAAGGAUGCGUACGAGAUCUGUGGCUACGUGACAGAUGUUCAUGGCAACGUGACCUACGAAAUGGCCGGUCGCUGGAAUAGUCAACUAGUGGCCCGAGCCGUGGGCGCUGGGAUUGGGCAGCUCCACCCCGACGUCAAAAUCAGUGGCCAAGACUCGACUUCAUCGUCCCCCGAGUAUAUCUUACUCUGGCGCAACUCGGAGAAGCCUACAGCACCUUUCAACCUUACGCCAUUCGCCAUCACUCUGAAUGACUGUCCGGACACACUUGGGCCUUACGUCGCACCCACAGACUGUCGUGUUCGCCCCGAUCAACGCGCCUUCGAACUGGGCAAGUAUGAACGUGCGAACGAACUCAAGAACAAGCAAGAGGAGCUCCAGCGAGCAACACGAAAAGCGCGCGAAGAGGGUCGCUUGCCUCCUCACCGUCCGCGAUGGUUCUCUGCAGAGACGGAGCCUGACACCGGCGAGAGGGUGUGGACCCCGUCGAUGAUCAACGACGAGUUGGAGUAUUGGAUCGAGCGCGACAAGGUAUGGGGCGCCAAGCAUGUGGGUCAGACGGCUUCCUGGAAGGAUGUCGAUCGUAUAUUCAUCGAGGACGAACCAUGA